GAUAAAGGUAUUGAUUGUGGUCGUGGCUGUGAAGUGAAGCCCCAAAGGAAGGCAGAAUGGAGGAAAAGACAAGCCCGCGACAAUGAUUCACCACACCACCAGAGCUCUCAGCGUGUGUCGUGAAUCAGUCACUUAGUCGCUUGCUUGCUUUCCGAUUGGUUUAACCAUGGCCGCUGAUCUGGCACCGAGGAUAGAUUUUUCAAAACUCAAGUGUUUUCCCGAGUUGGACGGUGAGAAAAACAAAAUUGUGACCAAAGCAUUUCUCGAAUCGGCCCAAAAUGUUAUUGAUAGUAUAGAAUCAUUCGGAAUACUGUUCUCACCUAUAGUAAAGGAUAUGCGCGGUAAUGUAAAGCGCCUGGAGGCCAAAUAUAACGAAAAUGAUAAAGCCUUUCAUUAUCUGGAGGAUCUAAUUUUGUGCGAUAGCAAAGGGAAUGAAAGCUCGAACGCAUUCGACACGGUGACCGAGGGCUUACUUUGGCUCAAGCGGGCGCUGGAAAUGAUCGAGAGGUUCUUUCGGAACAUGCUGGACGACACCACCUGCAGUGAUAACGUGAAACACCUGCUUAAGAAGGCCUACGAAGACGCGUUACUGCCGUAUCACGGGUUUUUCGCACAGAAAGGGUUUCAGGUUUUACACCAUUACGUUCCAACGAGAACCGCCCUUUUGGGAUCAUCACAAACCAACAACAACAACAUCGUUGCUCUGAAAACGUUUCUGAUUACAUUUCGUGCCAACAUUGACCAUAUCAACGCAUUUUUCGAAGCAAACAACCUGAAUAAAACGUACAAAGUUUAGCAACGGUUUUAUUAGACUUUACUCUAGUCACUAAUAAUGGAAAUUUUACUAUUUUGACGACCUUCGAGGAUGUUUGAUUUUUGGCUCUGGAACUGUUCCCUUCGAAAGUGUGACGCUCGCCGGAUAACCGAAAAGCUAGAACCUACUUGCAGCACAAGCAAUGCACAUUGGAAGCCCUGCACUACAAUACUAGUUGUAUAUUUUAAAACAGGUUCACUGGUCAUCAAGUAAAUUUGCAACGGAGUUUGUAUGAAGACAGAAAGUAUCCAGAAGCCAGCAAAAUCGGGUAUCUAUUUAAAGAAAAAUUGUCAAAAAUGAUAGAAAAGGUUUCGUAAUGUUCGCUUGCCUUGUCCAAAAGAUUUCCAGAAUAACCUAAAUACAAUCGAAGACAUUCAAUUGGGGCUGCAAUCGUCAAGGACAAUGUUGAUAACACACGAUGUAUUGUUGUAAGGUUGAAAUACUAGAAUAACAAAAAUAAUUGAACAAAAUGUUUUUUUCAAACAAUAAACUUAAUUUACUUCAUAGUAUAGUGUAAUAGAAUUAGAUGCCAACCAAAUCCAACUGAAAUAAACGUUUAUAAACAAGA